AUGGCGCUGCAGCGAGUGUGGGUGCAGGGCGUUCUCAGAAGCUCAGAUGCUGCCUCCCCCGCUGCUGUGCUGGGUGGGCAGGUGCCUACUGGCGCAGGUGGUUCUGCUGCGGAGGGGCGUGCUGCGGAGGGGAGGUUGUACCUGGACGAUGGCAGUGCGGCGGUUGAGAUCGUUCCCGCUAAAGGGGGUUCUCCCCCAUUCGUCGGGUCGUAUGUGCAGGUCAUAGGUGCUCUCUGCACCCGCCCUGCCAGCCCACCAUUCAUCAAGGUGACUGCACUCCCUUUCUUCUCACACCAUUAUUCACCGCACCGCACUGCACUGCACACCAUCGUUCACUGGCCAUGUGCACACCAUGUUCCAUUAUCUCUCUCCGCUGGUCAAAGUGCACUUUUUCCAGGGAUGGGGGCGACGGGGGAUGGGGGGGAUGGGGGGGAUGGGGGAUGGGGGUUGGGGCGGAUUGGGGGGGUGCACGAGUGCUUGUUGUCUAGCAAUCCUCAUAUGCCCAUCGCACUCCCCGUUUACACCCUCUCCCCACUGGCCCAGGUGCACAAGCUAGUGGAUCUGACUGCAAUCCUCCUUCACCGCCCUGUCCCUCUUCCGCCCGGCCCCCCUCUUCUUCCCUCCCGACUCCUCCCUCCUUCCCCUCCUCCCCUUCUUCCCCCCUCCCUCUCAUCCCUCUCGUCCCGCUCUUCCCUCCCCCCCCAGGUGCACAAGCUGGUGGAUCUGACCGCAGACCCCAACAGGGAGUCCCUGUGGCACCUGGAGGUGAUGGAAGCGCACAUCAGGUCACGACCCAAGCCAUGCACGCGAUGA